GGACCUUAAAGCUGCGGGCCGGGAGCCUGGGGCCGGCUGUUCCUGUGGCACCGCACCGCUGAGCCCGGGUGCUGGCCCCGAAGGGGUCCCGGCAGCGCUGAGGCAGUGAGCGCGUUAUGUGAAGUGCCCGAGCAGCUGCGGCACCGAGCGAAAUAAAGGCUUCCGCAAUUGCAGGUAAUUCACGGCACACCUACGGACGUUCGGAGAGCUGCGCCGAGGUCAUAUCUUUAAAGCAAGACAAUGGAUUGGGGAGCUCUGCAGACCAUCUUAGGAGGUGUAAAUAAACACUCCACCAGCAUUGGCAAGAUAUGGCUCACAGUCCUGUUCAUCUUCCGUAUCAUGAUCCUGGUUGUGGCUGCAGAGAGAGUCUGGGGGGAUGAACAAGAUGACUUUAUCUGCAACACUUUGCAACCUGGUUGCAAGAAUGUUUGCUAUGAUCACUUUUUCCCCAUCUCUCACAUCAGACUCUGGGCCCUGCAGCUGAUCUUCGUUUCUACCCCUGCGCUGCUGGUGGCCAUGCAUGUGGCUUACAGGAGGCACGAGAAGAAAAGGCAGUUCAGAAAGGGAGACCAGAAAUGCGAGUAUAAGGACAUUGAAGAGAUCAGAACCCAGAAGUUUCGCAUUGAGGGCACCCUGUGGUGGACGUACACUUGCAGCAUCUUCUUCAGAUUGGUCUUUGAAGCAGUCUUCAUGUAUGCAUUCUAUUUCAUGUAUGAUGGGUUCCGGAUGCCUCGCUUAAUGAAGUGUAGUGCUUGGCCCUGCCCCAACACAGUAGACUGCUUUGUUUCUCGACCUACUGAAAAGACAGUGUUCACUAUUUUCAUGAUUGCUGUGUCCAGCAUUUGCAUUCUUUUAAAUGUGGCUGAAUUAUGUUAUUUACUGACAAAAUUUUUUCUCAGAAGGUCUAGAAAAGCUGGAAAUCAGAAACACCACCCCAACCAUGAGAAUAAAGAAGAAACCAAACAAAAUGAAAUGAAUGAGUUAAUAUCUGAUAGCUGUCAGAACACAGUUAUAGGAUUCACAAGUAGCUAAGGUGGUGUCAGUGCUGGUAUUCACUCUGAAAAGGGUGAAUGUUAUUUGUCUAAUGGCUGCAAAUAAAAUUUGUUAAACAGCUUCUGUUGGGGAAGAUUUAGAUGUGUAGUGACAGGUGUCAGCUAUGCACCUGUUGAGGAGGGAAAAAAAAAAAAAGGCAGCUUAAACAUUUGAAAGUUGUGAGGAUUAAAUAGGAAAUUGUAUUUUCCUACAGAUAUCCUUACAAGGAUGCUCUGACAAAUGCACUAGUGCCUUUGUGUGGUUCCUUGAAAACGCUAUGCAACAGCAAUAAGAACAAAAGUCUUUCCAAGCUAGAUGUGCUAAUGUUUCAAACUGUUUUGUAAUAAAGAUAGUUUUUGAUUGUGAACAGAAAAUUAAAGUAUUUUUGUAAAAUCUAAGAUUCCAUGUUACUUAAGGUGUUACAGUAAGCAACAGACUGUGCUUUGUUUAAGCAGGUAAUUGCAGAUGAACCCUGCGCUACCAUAUUCAUGGAGAGGAAAUAGCAGUAGGCCACAUCUUUACAGCUUUGCAAACACUGCUUGAGUCUGGAUGAGUAACUUGAGGCACCUGCAUCUGCACUGCUGGCUGUGGGGCUGUAUGAAAUCCCCACCACAGGUAGUGUGGAGAACUGGGGUAGCUAGCUUCUGAGGGCAGUGCUGUGCCUAAAAGCAGCAUGGCGAUACAGGUGCAGUCCAAGUAGACCUGCUUUUGACAACUAGCAGACCUGGUAUAAGUAUUCCUGUUAAUCUUUUCAUUGCAUGCUGCCAGUUUUAUAGGAACAUACAUAAUUUUAUGUAAAUACUCCACUUAGCACAUGUUUAUUUCUCUAAUGCAUUUGCUGUAUUUGUUUCCUUAUGCUAUAUCACAUCAUUGAACCUUUUGCUUUUGUUAGCUAUUUUUUUUUUCUUUUGUGGUAGACUGGUGCUGUUAUGAAACUAGGGGCUCUUUGUUCUGGAAGACAUGGGAAAGUAUCUUAAACACUGGAAAUGGAGAAAGUCUUCUGAAUAAAAGGCAAACACUUUAAACUUUG